UGUUUAACCAAGCCGAACUUUGGGUUCUUCCUCUUAUGUCUGCUGAAAGAGCACCAGAAACUUCGGUCGAGAUGACCGAAGCAUACACUCCCCAGACCGACCAGGCCGGCACUGUCACGUCCUUUAUUGCACUCCCGACGGUCUUUACACCGCCAUCCAGCUGUUCGACUAUUUACCGGUUGAACAGGUUCAGUCUCGUUGCCUACGAUCCAGGUUUCGGUAUCGAUAUCGACACCCGAGUACAAUGUGUUCCAGCAGCAGUUACAACAUGCAUUGGACCCUUGGCAUGCCCCGAUCGAUGGACCACGGUUGCAACGUCUAUCAAAGACAAUCACAGCACACUCGCAAUGUGUUGUCCGCCGGACUACACUCUCGCAAAUGGGCUAUCCGGUUCGAUCAUGGGCGACUGUCGGUCCAAUCUCUUAACCGACGCCGUCAUAACUUAUGCGUCAACACACUUCACCAAUAGACAAGCCUGGACAAUGGCAACGACAACAAUAGCGAGACCAACGUACGUCGGUGCCAUUGCAAUUCUUGGUUGGACUCUGGAUCUCGCUGCAUCCGAAACUGUGUCAGCUACAGCGACUAGCUAUGACGGAACUACGGCCACAACAGUCAUUCUCGGGCAAGUCGAGACAGCUACCAACGGCCCUCUCCUUACGACCACGAUACCCAACCCCUUCCCCACUACUACUCGGUCAGCUCUUAAAGCAACUGAAAGCUCCGCUGUUUCAGGCCUGCCGCUUCCAACUGCCAUUGGUAUCGGUGUCGGUGCUGGAGCCGUUGUGAUAUCUCUUGCUGCACUUGCGUUCUAUCUCUGGCGCAGAAGGCGAAAACAACAAUGCGGUUCCGAGGCACCGCCGAUAUCCGAGUCGGACCCUUCGAUAAUGAUGGAACCUGACAAAUAUUCGUAUGCUACACAUUAUCACGAGCUUUACGGGCAGCAACACGAGAGACAUCAGGGACCGACUGAGAUGUUCGCCCCGCAAACCUUCGCUGAGCUGGAUGCGAACGUUCGUGAGAAGAGGUAGACAAGGGAUGGAAGAUAUGGUUUAUAUUGAGGCCUAACAAUUCUUCUUGGCUAUUACGAAGCGAGUUUUCAAUGUUUAGGAACUUGAGCGAUUUUGAUGAGGGUGAUUUUGAGCCUGUGGUGUUCAUCCUGGGUUGAUUUUUAGUUCAGACAUUACGAUACCAGACAUGUUCUCAGGAAUUCAUUGCUUUUCUGUCCAUGUGUGUUGACUCCCUGUGGCAGCAGGAGAAGCAUUCUCUAUAGCAGGAGGUAUCUUCGCGCCACCUAGCCAGGAAUAUAUUCCCU